GGGGGCUUGAGGUGAUACGCGAGCCGAAGCGGUAGCUCGGCGGAGAGAGGAAACCGAAAGUGGGCGGCGGCCGCGGCUGUGGCCCUGGCGGAGACGGCGGCGGGAGCUGGGUCCACAGGCGCGGGGACCAGCCGUGGGCCCCCGGAACGAGGUGAAGAUGCUGGAAGCUGAUCUGGUUUCAAAAAUGCUACGAGCUGUUCUACAGUCUCAUAAGAAUGGAAUAGCAUUGCCUCGGCUCCAAGGAGAGUACAAAUCCUUGACUGGAGACUGGAUCCCCUUCAAGCAGUUAGGUUACCCUACACUAGAAGCCUAUCUGAGAAGUGUGCCAACAGUUGUCAGGAUAGAGACCAGUAGAUCUGGUGAGAUCACCUGUUAUGCUGUGGCCUGCUCAGAAACGGCGAGAAUCGCUCAGCUAGUGGCUCGUCAGAGGAGUUCUAAAAGGAAAACUGAGCGGCAAGUUAAUUGUCAGAUGAGAGUAAAGAAAACCAUGCCAUUUUUUCUGGAAGGAAAACCAAAAGCAACUCUCAGACAACCAGGAUUUUCUUCAGAUUUUUCUAUCAGCAAAAAGCCUAAUCCACCACUGUCAAGAGACAGAGGAAACUCUCUUGGAAUUAAGUAUGAUGUUGAAAUGCCGCCUUACACAUUGCAUGCAAACAUUGGAAGUGAAGUGUUCAAAGACGUUCCAGUGCAGAGGCCUGUGACCAUGCCUGUCAGCAACAGGUUUAGUCCAAAAGCGUCCUUCCCACCUCCUUUUCAGAUGCACCUCUCAAGGACCUGCACUAAGGAAAUGAGUGAUAAUUUAAAUCAGACUGUUGAAAAACCAAAUGUCAUGCCUCCUGCCUCUUACACUUACAAAAUGGAUGAGGUUCAAAACCGCAUAAAGGAGAUGCUAACCAAGCAUAACAAUGGCAUUUGGAUGUCUAAGCUUCCACAUUUUUACAAGGAGUUAUACAAAGAAGAACUCAACCAAGGAAUCUUACAGCAGUGUGAGCACUGGCCUCAUAUUUGCACGGUGGAAAAGCCUUCUAGUGGUGGUCAAGAUUUGCUGCUUUAUCCAGCUCAGAGAAAGCAGCUUUUGCGAAGUGACGUCAACAGUGGAAAGCUUCCUCCAUCUCCACUGCCUGCUUCAAAACAAGCACCACCCUUCCCCGGGGGCCCAGCAGCUGUGCCGGGAGACUUUAAAGAGAAAGUUGCGGGGCUGCUGGUGAAAUACUCAAGUGGUCUUUGGGCCAGUGCACUUCCAAAAGCAUUUGAGGACAUGUACAAAGUAAAAUUCCCCAAGGAUGCUUCGAAAAAUCUUGCCUUGCUUUCUGAUGUGUGCACCGUAGACUACAUUUCUGGAAAUCCCCAGAAGGCCAUUCUCUAUGCUAAACUUCCAUUGCCCACUGACAGGAUCCUGAAGGAUGCAGAGCAAGCACGUGGCGACCAUGCUAAGUCUGUGGUUAAACAAGAGUGUUUGCAGGUGGAAAAGAACAUUGAGAGCGCUAAUCCCACUACAGAGAAUGUAACAGUUCCACCAUUAAUCAUUCCAACGGAGGCAUCCCCGUCUGUUUUGGUGGUUGAACUGAGCAACACAAAUGAAGUGGUUAUCAGGUAUGUGGGUAAAGACUAUUCUGGUGCUCAGGAAUUAAUGGAAGAUGAAAUGAAGGAGCAUUACAGCAAGAACCCUAAGAUCGCACCCGUCCAGACUGUGCAUGUCGGGCAGCUGCUGGCUGUGAACGCUGAGGAGGACGCUUGGUUACGGGCACAGAUCACCUCCACGGAAGGGAACAAAAUAAAGGUAUGCUAUGUUGACUAUGGAUUUAGUGAAAAUGUUGAAAAGAGCAAAGCAUACAAAUUGAACCCGAAGUUCUGUUCACUCUCGUUCCAAGCUACAAAGUGUAAGCUAGCAGGGUUGGAAGCUCUAAGUGAUGAUCCUGGUUUAGUGAAGGUGGUUGAAUCUUUGACUUGUGGAAAGAUCUUUGCAGUGGAAAUCCUUGAAAAAGCUGAUGUUCCACUUGUUGUUCUGUAUGAUACCUCAGGAGAAGAUGAUAUCAAUGUCAAUGCCACCUGCCUAAAGGCCAUAUGUGACAAGUCACUAGAGGUUCACCUUCAGGUUGACGCUAUGUACACCAAUGUCAGGGUGACUAAUAUCUGCUCUGAUGGCACCCUCUACUGCCAGGUGCCUUGUAAGGGUCUGAACAAGCUCAAUGACGUGCUGCACAAGAUAGAGGACUACUUCCGUUGUAAGCACAUGACCUCAGAGUACUUCGUUUCCUUACCCUUCUGUGGGAAGAUCUGCCUCAUACAUUGCAAAGGAAAAUGGUUACGAGUAGAGGUCAUGAACGUCCACAGCAGCCGGACUCUUGAUGUCCAGUUCCUGGACACCGGCACCGUGACGUCCGUGAAAAUAUCGGAGCUCAGGGAGAUCCCCUCUCGGUUUCUACAGGAAGUGAUCGCAAUCCCGUCUCAGGCUAUCAAGUGCUGCUUAGCAGACAUCCCACAAUCUAUGGGCAUGUGGACGCCAGAUGCCGUGCUGUGGUUACGAGAUUCUGUUUUGAAUUGCUCAGACUGUAGUAUCAAGGUUACAAAAGUGGAUGAAACCAGAGGGAUCGCGCACGUUUAUUUAUUUACUCCUAAGAACUUCCCGGAUCCUCACCGCAGCAUUAACCGUCAGAUUACGAAUGCAGACCUGUGGAAGCAUCAGAAGGAUGUGUUUCUGAGUGCCAUAUCCAGUGGAGCUGGCUCUCCCAACAGCAGAGGUGGCAACACCCGCGUCUCUAACAGCGCUGAAGAGAAUGUCAGAAAGGGCCUCACGGACGGCAUCAAAAAGCCCGUGGCGGAUCCCACCUGCUCCGUCUCCAUGGAGGAACUGCCGCCCCCUGUCCACCUGCCAAAGCCAGGGGAAUACAUGGACGUGUAUGUGCCCGUGGCCUGCCACCCUGGCUACUUCGUCAUCCAGCCGUGGCAGGAGAUACAUAAGCUGGAAGUGCUGAUGGAAGAGAUGAUUCUGUAUUACAGUGUGUCUAAGGAGCGCUACGUGACCGUGGAGAAAGACCAGGUGUACGCUGCCAAAGUGGAAAACAAGUGGCACAGGGUGCUUUUGAAGGGGAUCCUGACCAACGGGCUGGCCUCGGUGUACGAGCUGGACUACGGCAAGCAUGAGCUGGUCAACGUGCAGAAAGUGCAGCCCCUAGUGGACGUGUUCCGGAAGCUGCCGUUCCAAGCAGUGCCAGCUCAGCUGGCAGGAGUAAAGUGCAGCCAGUGGUCCGAAGAGGCUUCGAUGGUGUUUCGAAAUCAUGUGGAGAAGAAACCUCUGGUGGCGCUGGUGCAGACGGUUACAGAAAAUGCUAACCCUUGGGACCAGAAAGUAGUGGUCUAUUUAGUGGACACCUCGUUGCCGGACACGGAUGUCUGGAUUCAUGAUUUUAUGUCAGAAUAUCUGGUAGAGCUUUCAAAAGUUAAAUAACCACUGCUUUUGAGACCUCGACAACUAAUUCAGAUUUUCUAGCAAUAACAAAAUGUAGUAGGCUUAAAAAAAACCUUAUCUCUGCUACAUGGCUCUGACUGCUGUGGGGACUAAAAAGAGUAUGUUAUGGUUGAUGAAAAAUAUUUAUAAGUUGUGUUUAACAGAGUUGACUUUUCCAGGAGAAUCGUACUUGAAUUAUUACUAUAACAUUAGAAUAAACAUGUUUAUCAAUGUAAAAA